CCGACUUCCCCGGGUAUGUAAUGUUGGCGCUACCCCAGUGCCAGUGUUAGUUCUGGGCGACACUGCACCACAAGGAACCAACGGGGGAAAACCGAGCUCUUUACAGAAGUGUGAGUUUCAAGGGCUGUUAUUGCUCCAGUGUCCUCACCGUCACAAUUCCGUCCUCCCGAGCCAGACACGAUGAAAGCCAUUCAAGUGACAAAAUAUGUCUCCGGACCCCAAGAUCUGUUCGUGACCACCCUACCAACGCCGAAGCCGCAUCCGACGAAAUACCUGAUCAAGAUCCAUGCGUCCGCGACGAAUUUCUUCGACCUCCUCCAGAUCCAAGGCAAAUACCAGCAUCAACCGCCGCUACCAUGGAUCGCCGGAAUGGAGUUCGCCGGAGUGGUGAUCGCAACGCCGACAGAGAACACUAAAAGCGCAGUUGCCAGCAGCAACGAUGGCACAGUGAGCACAUCCACAAGACAUGUAUACAAGGUUGGAGAUAGGGUGUUUGGCGCUGUGCACGGCGCAUACUCGACACAUAUACUCGCGCCCGAGGACAACCUGUUUCCGGUGCCGCAGGGCUGGAGUUUUGCCGACGCUGCUGGAUUAUACGUGACUGCUCCGACUGCCUAUGGGUCGCUUGUGACGCGAGCAAACACCCAGCCUGGGGAAUGGGUUCUCGUGCACGCCGGUGCAGGUGGAGUCGGCUUGUCUGCGGUGCAGAUUGCAAAGGCGCUGGGCGCCACGGUGAUCGCCACGGCCGGAUCGGAACGAAAGCGCCAGGUGUGUCUGAACUAUGGCGCGGACUAUGUCAUCGACUACCGAGAUAAGAGUUGGCCCCAAAAAGUGAUAGAGCUCUGUGCCAAACACCGAACCGGUAAUGGCAAGCAGGGCGUGGAUGUGGUCUACGACCCGGUUGGCAUGAUUGACGCUUCCAUCAAAUGUAUAGCCUGGAAUGGACGGUUACUCGUGGUCGGAUUUGCUGGGGGCAACAUCGAGAAGGUUGCAUUGAACCGAGUGCUUCUGAAGAACAUCAGCAUUGUGGGCAUCCAUUGGGGCAUGUAUGCUACCAAGGAGAAGGAGACGGUGCCGAAAGUGUGGAAGGGUAUUUUUGAUCUUAUCAACUCGGGCAAGUUCAGGGGCAUCACCUAUACCGACAAGCACUACAAGGGGCUGGAAAGUGUUCCGGCCGCCCUGAUCGCGCUUGGGGCCCGCGACACGUGGGGCAAGGUUGUCGUGGAGCUUGGAGAGCACGAAGGCGAAGAAGCACAGAGUAAGUUGUAGGGGUGGUUUGCAAGAAUAGAACGACCCGUACAAGUAUAUAUAUCAGCUUUUUAUGCCUGUGCGAACGGGCUUUUGUCUAUCUACGUUAGAGUCGAUCAACAUUCGUGCCGGCCGACGAGACGACGGUUUCACUGAAGAGCAACGGCCUCGAUCUCAACAUCGACAUUUUUCGGCAGCUGCUUGACCGCGACACAGCUUCUUGCCGGCUUGUGGGUGAACCAUUUCUCGUACUCGCCGUUCAUCUCGGCAAAAUGCUGCAUGUCGGAGAGGAAGACCUGGAUUCAGAAAAGACAAAGCAAUGCAUUAGCACAUGGAACUGUUGGAAGUCGAUCCUGGGGCCUAGACCGAAACCCGCUUCGCUUCGUUUCAACUGGCAACCCUAUUCUGGGUAGGGGUAGCACUUACAGUAGUCUUGACAACCUUGCUAAUAUCACUUCCAGCCG